AUGAUAACUGCCUUUCUUGUAAUUAUCAUCCGAUUGAUCGAAGCAAGCAGUAAAAAGAAGGAAAACAAUUUGAUAGACGAAGAUAAGGCAGAAUCACCUGGGCAAGUAAGCACUGUAUCAUUGAGUACCGCACAUUCUAUACCACUUCACUCGAAUCAUGGCACUAUCGAAUAUUCACCACAGCCAUUUGUUAUCAGCAAUGGUUGCAGUGGAAUCCUAAGUCUGAAAAAUACUUACUUCAAUCAAUGGAUUGCUAUUCGAAUUCUCACCAACAAUAAUGAAUUAACCAUUCAUCCAAACAAAUUUCUGUUACCACCGGAGCGUACCAGUGCUGCUGAAGUGACAAUAACAAAUGAUAUAGCAAAUGAAGAAAUACCUAAUCGACUCCUUGUACAAUGGUACGUGAUAGGUGCGUAUUGUCCAGCACGUAACGUAAAUACCCUUUGGACAAGACCACAUUAUGUUCCACGUGAUCAAUGGCAUUACAAAAUUAUUCGUGUCUAUUCCGAUUUCAUUAAAUCUUAA